AUGAGUUUCCAUUCAUUGCCGCUUGAACUGACCGAACAUCUGUCGCUGUUCUGCGAGCCCCAAGACCUCUCACGCCUGUCCCGCGUCAAUCACGCGUUCCACGCUAUUUUCAACCCGGUCCUCUACCAGCGCAACGCCGCUGCAACUGGUCUACCUCCUUGCUAUCCAUGGACUCACGAACACGAUCCGCAGCAUUGUUGGACAUGCCCCGUCGACAAGGCCUUCAGGUCAUGCCUUCAUUGGGCCGUCAAUCAUGAUUCACUCUCUACGAUCAAGCUGGCCGUUGCUUAUGGCUCCGAUGUCAAUAAGAUCAACGACGUUGCCGAUUACAUCCCUUAUGAGGAAGACCCUGAUUCUAUUCCCAUUUGUGGGCGUAUCAAACGGGCGCAGCUUGGAACGCCACUGCAUCUUGCUAUCUUUCAGAAGCGCUUCGAGAUUGUGCGAUGGCUUCUUGAUAAUGGCGCCAGUACGGAUGUGUGGCCAGACACGCUCUGCAAUUGUCGAAAGUAUGGAAGAGUGGUGAAUAAGUAUGAAUGGCUGCCACUACACUAUGCCGUACGCCACAGCACCCAUGAGAUCCUUCAAUUGUUAUUGGAGCGAGACGUUAUUCACUCGGUGAUAUGUGAUGAUGGCAACAUCUCUGGGCUUCAUUGUGCUGUCGCAGAAUGCUCCCUUCCUGCGAUUGAUGCCUUUAUUCAGCAUAAGAGUUUCAGUCCUACUGACCGAGACGCUACGGGCCAGACACCACUUCAUUGGGUUAAACAUUGCAAAGACCAGGAGUUGGCCUGUGAGAUAGUUGAGAAGUUAGCCCGAUGGGGUGUCCCACUGGAUGCAGAAGCUGAAUCUCAGUGGGGAGAUUGGCAUGGAGGCACAGCGCUGAACAUGCUCAUCGGGAGGAGGAAGUUUGAGCCUGCGAUUAAACUACUGCAGCUUGGAGCCGAUCCUACGAUACAGCAGGACGAGAAUGGUUGCCUUCAUCUGCUGAGUAACUGCAUUGAUGGCCGUGACAGGGAAGACAUGUCCAGGUGUUCGCCGGAACGCGCGGAGAGGAAGAGAGAGGCCGGGUUGGAGUUACUGAGCCUCCUAAUCCAAAAGGGAAUUGACCCAGGCAAACCCCGUAAACUGGACAGACCCCAUGAUCUCGAUGAUCCCGAACUCGAUGACCCAAGACCAUUAUUAUCAGCACUCCUCAUGUCCGACGCGCGAUGCCUACAAAUUCUUCUCGACGCUGGAGGAAUGGCCCGCGAAGCAAUCUACGAGAACAAUCAUGAUAAUCUCCUCCGAGACUUUUUCGAAUUGAUGCUUGAUGCCGUGCAAGAGGGCACAUCUUUUCUAGAAGCGAGAGGCGAGACUGAGUCGCGCAAAGAGUCUCUGUGUUUGCUCCUCAAGGGAGGGGCGCGAAUAGACUCAAGAGACGGUGAAUACUCAGCGUUGAGCCAGGCGUGUCAGAUUGAACAGGGGAUCGGGAUAGUUGACCUUCUGGUAGAGAAUGCGACUACUAGGAAUGCGGAGGCGGAAUAUGUUAUUGCUUUGAGGGAUAGAUAUAGGCCGGAUAAACCUGUAUGGGGGAAAUUGGAUCAGUUCUAUAAGAAGUUGAUCGCUGAGAAGAAACAGUGCGAAGAAAUCCAGGGCACCGAGGAAUCAGAAUGA